AUGGGGAGCCCCAGUGCUAUUUGUCAAAAAGAAAGAUGGAAGUAUACGUUUUUUUGUAUUGAUUACCGAGGAUUCAAUAACAUAACCAUCAAGGACAAGUAUCCGUUGCCACAGAUUGAUGAAUUGUUAGAUCAACUUAGAGGAGCAAGUUGGUUCUCGAAGAUUGAUUUAGCCUCUGGCUAUCAUCAAAUUCCGAUUGCGGAACAGGAUGUGAUGAAGACCGCUUUUCAAACGAGAUACGGCCAGUAUGAUUUUGUGGUAAUGCCGUUUGGGCUUACCAAUGCACCGGCAACAUUCAUGCGAUUGAUGAAUGAAGUUUUCCAUGAAUAUCUGGAUCGAUUCGUGAUAAUAUUCAUCGAUGACAUCCUGAUAUAUUCACGGAGUGCAGAAGAGCACGCAGAGCAUUUGAGGAAAGUGUUGGAGAGACUAAGGGAGAAAAGGUUGUUCGCGAAGUUCAGCAAGUGUAAGUUCUGGCAAAGGGAAAUUGGAUUAUUGGGGCACCGAGUUUCGGAGCAAGGCAUGUCUGCCGACCCAGAAAAGAUUGCCGCAAUUCAAGAUUGGCCAAAGCCAACAUCCGUGUCGGAAGUUAGGAGUUUCCUAGGUCUUGCCGGCUAUUAUCGGAAAUUCGUGAAAGGAUUUUCAUCUAUUGCAAAGCCUUUGACACGACUUACGGGUAAAGGAGUUCCUUUUAUAUGGAACGAAGAGGUGGAAGAAGCUUUUGGAAGCUAA